CCGCCAUCCUUAUUGUCUCUGCUCACUGGGGGCAAUCUAAUAAAGUGUCUGCAGUACAGCGCAAUUAUUUGGAUGCUGGUUUCUGAUCCGAGCCAGAGUAACAGUAACCUUUUGUUUAGCAGCAGGAGUAGGAAAUCAAAUCUCUCAAUGCUCUUCUAAUGAUGUUGAAGGCUCAUCUUUCCUUAUUGAAGGGGAAGGAAUUGAGUCAUUUGAGUGUAUAUGUUGCCAAAAUCAAAAUUACACUGAUCAAAGACCUGGUUUAGAAUUUUUUUAAGUUAAUUUAUAGAACUAGAUGCUUUAAUAGCAGGCCCCCGAGCUUAAAAGUUACACAAACAUUUAAUUCUAAUUUGGAGAAAGAAAAGGAGGAUGUUGUCCAAAAAAUCUCAACUUACGGGGGUCAGUAACCAAAAAUCUUUAUCAGUCAUUCAUAAAUCAACCAAGGAACACAGCAGGGUUUAAAACACCUUUAGGUUAUAAAACAAUAUCUUAUCUCAGAAGAUCUGGAAAUGGAACAAGUAUGGCACAAAUACAAAGGAUGUGGAAAUAUUUCAGCCUGUACAAAGAUAGUAGAGAUAUAACAUACCCUGAAGUACUAUCAGCUGUGAAAUCAGGAUGUGGUGGUUCUGUACAUGGUACUGGCUCAGAGGGGCUGAAUAGAGGUGCAGGCCACACUUUUCAGAUUUUAGGUAUAAGAAAAGUGUAAAAACCAUGCAUAAUUUUUCUUUCAUCACCUUCAUACAGAACAUAAAAUUAAGGUUUGUGGUUGUAAUGUGAAAAAAACUGAAACAUUUUAAGUGCAUAGGUAUUUUUGUACAUCCUGUAAACACAUGAACGAAACAACACCUUGUUUUCACCUUCACCAUGGGUGAAGGUGAAAACAAAGUAAGCAAAACCCAUUGACACAUGGUGCCAUGAUUGUUUGAUAUCAACAGGGAAAAGCAGCUUUAAAUUAAUUAGAAAAGCAGGUGGAUUCAGGAUGUUUUGACCACAGCUAUCCAUUGUUAAAUACGUCUGAUCAGGUUCAUGCCAGCUGAUCUUUGUGUUGCUCUUUCUUAAUGCCCCAUAUGAAACCAAAACCCUGUUAGCACUGGACGAAUAAACGAAGUCUAAUCAGUGUGGGCCAUCAAACCAAAAGGCAACAGCUUUUUAAUCCAAAGGUCACUUCAUACAUCAGAUCCUUUUAACUGUACAAUGAAUUAAUAUGAAAUCUGCCAGUGAGAUAUCAAAGCGUGUAACUACUCGCCCAGGAUUAAUGUCUUAUUUUCUCCUCUGCACAGACAGGCAGCUCAAGUGAAACUAUUUGGUCCUCUCUACCUUCCUAUUCUCAGACACUGAGCUUAUUAUUAGCCUCAGAUGGACUAGAGAAGCAUCUGAAGGGACACAGGCCAUGCAUAACUGAUGGAGCACAGUCAAUAACUAAACCAUAUACAGUGACCAAUGAGGAUGCACUUGUUAAGCUUUGCCCAGCCUGUGAGUUGUUGGCUUCUCUCAUGCACGUUGCCACUGUUGCAUGGAGGAUCUCGGGGGUCAGCCUUUUGGGUAAUAGAAGUUACUCCGUGCCAUGCUUGAGCUUCUAAAAGUCUAAAGGCACAGUAUGUGCAAUGUCGCAGAUAAGCUUUAGGGUUGCUCUCCUGCUCCUGGUCGUCAGAUGCGUUGCAGAGGAAACAACACCAAGUAAAGGCUGCGUUUGUGGGUACCCUGGAAUACCAGGCGAUCCUGGGCACAAUGGUUCACCAGGGAGAGACGGUAGAGACGGACUCAGAGGGGACAAAGGAGAUCAAGGUGAAGUUGGCCCUUCGGGACCAGCCGGUACCGAUGGCCUAAAAGGAAUCAAAGGAGACACUGGAGCUAUUGGUAAUGUUGGGCCUAAAGGGAAAAAAGGAGAAAAUGGAGAAAAGGGGUCUCCUGGAAAAAUGGGGCCCCAAGGAAUACAGGGACCAAUCGGCAUAAAAGGAAGCAAGGGAGAACUUGGCUUGCCAGGACCCCAAGGACUUAAAGGAGAUUUAGGCCCGCCAGGACCACAUGGUCCAAAGGGGGAAAUUGGCCUCAGAGGUGACAGAGGUAUUCAGGGGCCACUGGGACCCCCUGGUAAGCCAGGGCCUAAGGGAGAAUUGGGUGUGCCUGGUCACAAAGGCAACAUUGGUUACCGUGGCGAAAGGGGUACUCGGGGUGAGAAGGGUGAAAGCGGCGAAAAGGGAGAGUCUCCUGUCAUCCCCAAAAGCGCCUUCUCCGUGGGACUCACAGCGCGUAGUAAACUUCCACCAGCCAACUUUCCGAUCCGGUUCGACAAGAUUAUUUACAACCAACAGAACCACUACGACUCACAGACAGGGAGAUACACGUGCCCCGUAGCAGGCGCCUACUUCUUCACCUACCACAUCACCGUCUUCUCCAGAAACGUGAAAGUGGCCCUAAUGAAGAAUGGGGUAAAAAUCAUCCACACCACGGACAACUAUCAGACCAGCGAGGACCAGGCAGCAGGGGGCGCUGUGCUGCACCUGGAUGUGGGGGACAAAGUGUGGCUGCAGGUGGUUGGAGGAGAGCUGUUCAACGGGCUGUUUGCUGAUGAAGAUGACGACACCACCUUCUCUGGGUUCAUAAUCUUUGGGUCCUAAUUAAAGAUUUUCAACAAAAAUCUAAGAUAAAACAAAAUUUUGUGUUACUUCGAUAUAAUUGUGAUCCAUGAAAUUCAUUUCAUUCAAAAAUUCAAAAAUGGAGAAAAGGGGUUUCCUGGAAAAAUGGAAAUUAUAUUUCAAAGUAAUUACAAAGUAAUUACAUUAAAAUUAAUUUGUAUUUUGUUUCCAUUAUUUCAGACAGUAAACAGCUACUUUAUCUAUAUAUCGUCUCCUAAAUAAAGUUGAAAGGAUUUUUCAAAUAAGAUAAAAGUUAUACAAGUGUAACUAUUAGUUAUUGUCUCACCUGAAGUUGCAAAUAAAAUACUCCCAUUGUACGAAAAAGUUUUAUGUAUGUAAAAUAUGCAUUUAAUUAAUUACCAAACUGAGUUUUCAUCAAGUCAUGAUCUGUUAAAUCCUACAAAAUUACAUCAAACUGUUCAGGAAUUGUAAGUGGAAAUUGGCAUUUUUACUAUAACCUUAUAUUAUGCAUGUGUCCUUUCAAAAGGUUAAUGAAGUGUUGUACAUUGUCUCUGUGCAAACAAAUUAAAAACAGUAUAAAGAGUUUACACAUUUAUUUCAGAAAUACUGGACAGACAUUUCCCAAAGAGUAUCAAAAAUGUGCAAGCCUAUGAAAUUUCCUAAUUGAAAUCUUUAAUAUUGUCCUGUGAUUGUUUUAAGAAUUGCUUUGAUGUCCCCAGGACAAGGAUGUACUUUCAGAAUCCGCCAAAAAGAUGUUGGACUUGUGGCCAGUUCAGUCACAUGCUGCCUGUUGAACUAAGCUGGGCACCAGUGUUGCAAAAAAUUUCACAAAAGGGUUUUUUAUUUUUAUUAUUCUAAGUAAAAUAGAGAUAAGUCACAAUCUCUAACAAUGAAUUUUAGACCUUGGAAACCAAAACAAAGCUGGUUGGGAAGGCAAACAUUACACGUACAUUAUGAAAUGAAACCCAUCAGGAACAGAACAUGCUGACUUUGUGGAUUUAAUGCCUCUGCUAACAGUGUUACUGUAUAAAGGACAGUGACAUUUUUCCUUUUGUGUAUGGAAAACUUCUGAAUUAUCUGAAUCAUGGCUGGAUCACAACACUGGAACAUUAUAUGUGAUUUUUGCUAGCAAAGAAAUAGACAGAGCAGCUAUGUUAAGCCAUCUGUAUCUUUUGUUUCUUCUUUCAAUUGAUUUU